GCAGUCGCCUCUACGUGGAAUAAUGGAACCAGAACUUAGUCCCAGAUAUUCACCGAAACUACGCAAUUACGGAGACCACUUAUCUCAUAGUACUCGGAAACAGGAACGACAGGAGGAAAAAGGUGGGGAAGAUUUUAUUCUCUACAAGAACUUGACUUUUGGAGAGCCUCCAUCAAGUAAAAGUGAGCAUGGUGGCGAUGAUGGUAAUAAGCAAAAAACAACAUUCCAAAGCAACCACCAAAAUCAUAAGAAAGAUUCUAAAAACUAUCUUGAAGCAGCUAAGGCUCAAUGCCAUGCUGCUGGUGAACGGUUCCAGCGGCAGCUUGUUCAUUCUAGCGAAAGUUCAUCCUCCAAGAACACCAAGUCAAAACUCUCCAAAGUAACCGUGAUCAGUGCAAAGAGCGGCGACGACCUCAGAGCAGCAGUUAGAUUGCAAAUAGAAGAGCAGGAAGCAUUACACAAGUUAUCGAUGAUGGAGAAACGUAGAAAGGAAGAAGUAGAACCAGAUGGCAAAAAUAUCAACCAGAAAUUAGAUCCAAAGCCUGAGGAUGUGCUUAAACCCCAUUUAAAUUCAGACGACCUGCAACAUAUUGACUGCAGUAUUAGUUCCGAUGAUCUAGUUUGCACCAAAGUUAUUGAGCCUAUGAUGAGAAAAAUUCAACGGAUGUACCUUUACACUUUAAAGGAGGAAAUGUCCCUAAUGGAUUAUUUGGGUACGGUACCGAAAUUGGUAAGGGACAUUUAUAAGCAAGAGCCUGCUGAAAAGGAUGAAAAAAAGAUCUAGGGAAUUACUGGAAUUAAUUUUAACUUUAUUUAUUAAUGAUUUGUAUAUUUUGUAUAUUCCAAUGAUGGGGAAAUUAUU